AUGGCUUCAUUUCGGGAGAAAUACUCGCGUUUAUGCCGCGAUAACCGCGUAGAGCCACUUCAUACGAUAUUGCAACAAUCAUGGGAAAGUUGUGAUGAUGUCGGCGCCUCUUCUGUCAAGAGACGACUCGAUCUGUCAACAAUGUGCUUGACGGUUGAACAGUGUGCCGUGCUAGCAAAGUGCUUGAGGAAUGACGACACAUUUACCGAUCUGAAAUUGACAGAUUGUGUAUUGAAUGACGAAGGCUGCAAGGCUUUGUGUCGCGGCUUGAAGUCGAAUUGUCAUAUCCGGGAUCUUGACUUGAAAGGAAAUAACCUUCGCAGUGGAGGAGCAGAAGCUUUAGGAAAUUUAUUGAAACACAACAACGCUCUACGAAGAUUGUCAUUGGAAUGGAAUUGUGUUGGUGCUUUUGAUGGAGGAGUGGCUUAUUUGGCUGAAGGAUUGGCUGCUAAUGGCAGCUUAGAGAAGCUGGACAUACGAAGCAAUCAGGUAUCACACAAGGGAGCUGAGGAAAUAGCUGCUAUGUUGAAGAAGAAUGCUACCUUAAAAGAACUUGAUUUACGAUGGAAUAAUUGUGGUGUACUUGGAGGUCGUGCAUUACUGUCUGCUCUUCAGCAGAACAAAACGCUCAUUCAGCUUGACUUAACAGGAAACGAUGUUCCCAACGACAUUGUUAAAUCUAUUGCUGUCACUUUGGGGAGAAAUGUGGAGAACCAAGCAAUGGAAUCUCAGUUCCACUUUCAAACAACAGUGCUUACACGAGAGAUUAAACAGUUACAACAAGAUAGUAGGAUACAGAUUUCUGAUCUAAUUGAGAAGCUCGAUCAUCAAAAAGAACGGUUCGAGCAAACGAGUCGAUCAUCUCAACUAAAGAUUGGUCAGCUGCAGGAAUCUUUAGCUGAAACGAGCCAUGAGAAGGAAUUACUGGAGUCAAAGUAUAGUAUGAGUGAGGCUUGUGUGACAGUAGCAGAGCAGAAAGUGAAAGACCUUGGUGAUCUAGUGGUGAGGCUGAAGGCUGAGGCAGAUGAUGAGAGAAGAGAGUACAAAACUGAGCUUGAGAAAGAGAAGCAGAGAAGAGUUUCCAUUGAGAGAUGUCUUUCUGAGUCUGUGAAAGCAAGUCAGGAACAAGAAGACGAUAUGAACAAACAGAUUCAAGAUCUACAAAUUCAGUUAAAGAAGUUGAAUCAACAUAUUGUUGUCCUGAAAUCUGAACUGGAGAUUGCACAGCAAACAAACAAGCAUAAUCUAAAAGAAUCUGAUGAGAAACUUCGCCAAGAAGAAGAACGACACUUCAAGAUUGUACGAGAGAUGGAAAAACGACACAGAGCCGAGGAAGCUAGGCUGUCUGAGGUCCAGCAGUCCUGUGAACAGACGUGGCAAGAAAGAUUUCAGCAAGCUGAAAGUGCACGGUUUCAAAAGGAACAGAUAAUUUUACAAUUGAAAACAGAUCAUCUUGAUAAUAAGAGACGCUGGGAUGAUGAGACUCUUCGGACAGUUGAACAGAUGAAGGAGGCAGAGAAAAUGAGGGUAAGACAGUUGGAAGAGAAAAUUUUAUCUGUGGAGUCAGACAAUCGUGAUCUGCAGUCACGCGUCAAUAAUCAGGCAUCCCAAGUGCUUGAGCUGCAGUCACUGGUCAAUAGUAGAGAUGUGGAACAGAGAACUUUGAAAAGAAAUUUGGAAGAAAGCAGAAAGGAAGCAGAUCAUAGAUGUUUGACAAUUCAGGCAGAAGUUUCACGACUCCAGCAAUCUUUGGAUCAGAGAGCAAGUCAACUAGAGGAAUCACGUGCUCAUGAGAAGAAAUUACAUGAAAAUUUAGCACAACUUGAGUCAGAGAUAACAGUUGCUGUAGCUCAAGAAAAGUCAAAACUAUUGUCUAAAGACACCGAAAUUGCCUCCCUGAAGGAAAAGCUUCGUAAGCAGGCUCUUGUCUUCCAACAAAUUCGCGAGGAAGAAAUGAGGCGGGCAGAACAAUUACAAACAGCCAUGGAACGGUACCUGAAGAGCAGCAAUAACUCCGUUAUUGACCCAGUCUUUCAAUAGCAUCUACAAUCUAUAGAAUACUCAGUAAUUGGCACAUGUACCUAGAUGCAUGCGUAUGUAGCAUGUUGAGUUACGUCUGCCAGUAGAGUUAGGUGAGUACGUCAUGAGCUGCAAUUGAUUUUGUUUGCCCUAAGGGGCUAGUUGGUGGAUUCAUUCCGGGACUAAGAACUUUCGUUCUGAGAGAAGAACCAAAUCUAUGUGUAAGUACA